AUGUCGUCGGGCACUUCGUUCGCUGAUCUCGCCCAUCAGGCUUGGGACGCGGCUGCGCAAGCGACCGGUCUCUCUUCGGUGGGGGAACAUGUCGCCGGUGGUGACGAGUCACAGGAGCAGACUUCCGAUACUGGCAAAGUUGGUCAGGAAGCAAGCGCGCAGGGUGCUUCGCAUGCAGAGGAACCAUACCGAGGAGCUCCAGGAAACCAUCCGAACGACCCUGCUGCUCGCAUCAACCGUCCAGACGCAGUCAAUGGUCACUUUGACCCCACCCGCAAAGCGCAGGCAAACGGCUCUCGCGAUGCGCAAGAGGAGGACCAUGACGCUUCUCCCGUCAUCAAGCAUCCGCACGCCGGGAGUCAUGGAGACGACAUGGGUCAGUCCAUGAUCGAGCGCGCGCUCGGCGAUGACGGCCUCACUGCACAACGACAGGGCACCAUCUACGACAAGCAGCUCGAAAAUGAAAUGGACGGCUCCUACAAGAAGACCCAAAUAGAAACAAAACCUGAGACUGCAGCAGCGGAACUUGGCCAGCCGGUUCACUCGGAACGCAACAGGUCUCAAGAUGGUCACAAGCCUGAGCCCGACGAGGAUGCGCAUCAGCCUCACGCUGCCAACCGCGGUCCUUCUUGGGCCUCGCGUCCUGACGACAAGCAACGCGCCAAAAUUGCAAAGAUGAAGGAAGAACAAGCCAACGGCACUUGGAAGCGUCGAUUCUCCAGCUUCAACGCCUCCUCUACCGACGCACCUUCCACACCCUCAGCCAAGACGCCGGACGAAAAGGAGAAGAGCGGCAGCCGUCUCAACGGCAUGUUUGAAACCAACUCGUCUGCACGCCCCACUCUGAACAUCUUUGGCUCCAGCAGUCGCCACGGUGUCAAUGCUGAUGCCUCUGCCAGUGCUGACAGCAAACACAAGCAGAAUGGACACGCCGAUUCCACCAGACCCGAAGCCUCACGCACGACGAGCCGCUGGGCAGAAAACUCCAACAAGAUGCGCAACGCUUUCGAGCCACCCACUCCCUCCGCCGAGGCUGGCCCUGACGGUAGAAACAACCAGCAGCAAAACGGCAACGGCGACAUCCCCACACCAGAACUCGCUCCUGACGACCAGAAGCUGCGUGCUAUCACUAAAAUCAUGCUCGGCUCGGGCAAGGGUAAGGACAAGGAAGAACCCGCAUCCCCCGACGCCACUUCGCCUUCUGGUCUCGGCGGCGGUCAUCAAGCCCAAACCAGGUGGGCGCAGCUCAAGGCAAAGGUGCGAGACUCUCAAAAAGCCAAACGAGAACAGCAAAAAUCGAGUGCUGUCAACCUCGACCUCGCCAAGGAACUUCAGACCGGCAUCCUACCCGUCUUCCUCCUCAAGAUGGCUGUCGAGCGCGACGAGGCCAAGCGUCGUCGCAUUCCUGUCCUGCUCAACCACUUGCGUCUUCGCGUCACCGACAGUGUCAAUCCCAUGCACAAUACACACGCCGUCUUCCGCAUCGAGCUCGAAUACGGAGAUGGACUCGUCAAAUGGGUCAUCUACCGCGAGCUCCGUGACUUUAUCAACCUACACGCCCACUAUCGAGCCGCAGCACUCCGAGGCUACCUCGGCAGGUCCAUCGGCGGCAACUCGACUGAAGGCGAUGUCGGCUUGCCCAGCUUCCCCAAGAUGAGUCUGCCUUACUUCAAUCAGCUGCAGAGGCAGGGCAAGACCUCGCGUGCCGAUUUUGCGAGAGCACAGAGAGACGCGCUAGAGAACUACAUCGUCGAGCUCAUCCGCCGCACCAUGUUCCGUGCCGAAGCCAAUCGACUCUGCAAGUUCUUUGAGAUCUCGGCUCUGUCCGUCUCGCUUGCCAGCCGCGGCGGACAUCAAGGUAAGCAGGGCUAUCUGCGCAUUCUUUCACGUUCCUCGCGCAAGAAAGACCAGAAGAGCAUGCUGACGCCCGCGCGCUGGGCCAAGGCAUACGAGCCCAAGUGGUUCAUCGUUCGCGAGAGCUUUAUCGCCAUCGUCGACGAGCCGGACAGCCUUCAGCUCUACGAUGUUUUCCUCAUGGACAAUGAGUUCAAGGUCGAGAGACCAAAGCGUCUGUAUAAGCAGACUAUGCACAUCGCACACGGCUUUACGCACAGUGACGAGAAGAAAGCGGCGGAAAUCGAGAGCUCUGAACAGCCCGAUGCUUCGAAUGGCGCUGGCAACAAAGAUGCUUCUUAUGACCAGACCGCCCUCCUGACAGGUGGGCAUUUCAAAAGCGUCGACCCGAACAAACGAGAAGAGGCGCACAACGAGGAAAGACACGCCAGCAGCCACACCUUCUAUAUUCGCAACUCGGAGAGGAAGCUCAAACUUGUCGCCAAGAACGAGCGCAUCAUGGAACAAUUUGUCGCCUCGAUGCAAAAGAUGGCCGCCGGCAACAUCUUUGGUGGCACCAACCGCUUUGAGAGCUUUGCGCCCAUCCGUCUCAACGUGUCGGCGCAGUGGCUCGCAGAUGGACGCGACUACUACUGGAAUCUCAGCAAGGCGCUCAUGAUGGCCAAAGAUCGUGUGUUUAUCCACGACUGGUGGCUCAGUCCCGAGCUCUACCUGCGCAGGCCCGGCCAUCCGAAGUGGAGACUUGACAACAUUCUCAAGAAGAAGGCCGAGGAAGGCGUCAAGAUCUUUGUCAUCAUCUACAACGAAGUCUCGAACAACUUUACGCCCACUGACUCCAACUACACCAAGCAACGCCUCAUCGGUCUGCAUCGCAACAUCUUUGUCCAGCGUUCGCCCAGUCAUUUCCAAACGGGCACCUUCUACUGGGCGCACCACGAGAAGCUUUGUGUCAUCGACGAGACCAUCGCUUUCAUGGGCGGACUCGAUCUGUGCUUUGGACGAUUCGAUACUCCGGCCCAUGUGCUCGUCGACGAUGCGCUCUACCACAAGAGGGAAGGAGAGACUGAGGCUGAUCACGGGCUUUCGAGCAAGCCUGAGUUCCUAGGUCUCGUUAAGGAUGGCCGAGAAGCGCACAUCUGGCCAGGACAGGACUAUGCCAACGAGCGAGUCAUGGAGUGGCAUAAUCUCACCAAGCCAGCCGAAGACUUGUUCGCGCGUGACAAGUUUCCCAGGAUGCCUUGGCACGACAUUGGCCUCCAGCUGGUAGGACAGCCAGCUCGUGAUCUGUGCCGCCACUUUAUCCAGCGCUGGAACUACCUGCUUCGCAUUAAGAACCAUACGCGACAGAUGCCCUUCUUGGUACCUCCUCCCGACUUCACGGCAGAAGAGUUGCAAAAGUAUGGUCUCACAGGAACGUGCGAAGUCCAGGUCUGUCGAUCGGCGGGUCCUUGGAGCUUGGGCACUCCUAACAAGGUGGAGCAUUCGAUCCAGAACGCCUACCUCAAGUCCAUCCAGAUGAGCGACCACUUUGUCUACAUCGAAAACCAGUUUUUCGUCACCUCCACCGUCAUGGAAGGCAACAAAAUCGAGAACAAGAUCGGCGAGGCGCUCGUCAGCCGCAUCAUCCGGGCUCACCGGGAAGGCACGCCCUGGCGAGCGAUUGUCGUCAUCCCUCUGAUCCCAGGCUUCCCCAUGCCCAUCGAUCAUCCCGAUGCGUCGUCGGUGCGACUGAUUGUCGAUUUGCAAAACCGAUCCAUCGCGCGAGGUGAGCACUCGAUCUUUGGUAAGCUGCGCCGCGAGGGCAUCGAUCCAGAACAGUACAUCAGCUUCUUUUCGCUGCGCACGUGGGGCAAGCUGCGCGGCGGCCAGCUGACUACGGAGCAGAUCUACUUGCACGACAAGAUCAUGAUUGUCGACGACCGAUUGGUGAUUAUUGGCUCUGCCAAUAUCAACGAGCGCAGUCAGCGCGGUGAUCGCGACUCGGAGCUGGCUUCCGUCGUCCGCGACCACGAUAUGAUCGACAGCUACAUGGGCGGCAAGCCAUACAAGGUGGGUCGUUUUGCGCAUACACUGCGAUUGCGACUCAUGCGAGAGCAUCUCGGCGUCGAUGUGGACGAGCUCGAGGCGAACGAGCGAAAGGCGAACGGUGCCCAUGGCUCGAUGAAUGGCCACGAGGGCUCGGCGGAUGAAGCGUCUGUGUCUUCGGACGGCGAGUACGAGCCGGCGGAUACGGACGAUGAGUGGGACCCGGACCAGGAGCAAAGUCAUGGCGGACUCAAGAGGCACGGCGACACGGUGUCUUCGCCGUCGGAACUUGUCGAUGUGCCCACCAACAAGGACGUUCUGAAGAAGAAAGCGUCCGCCCUGGCCAAUCGAGGCAGCGGCACAACGUCGACGAUGCGCCGUCAAAUCAAAGAGACGCUUACGCUUGGGAAGGAGAAGAUGGAGCCCGAAGGCGCAUCGGACCCGGUCUCGUCGGACGCUGCCAACCACAACGAGAGGUACCAAGCUGCACGCAACGAGCGAGUCGACAUGGCGCUCCGAGGCGAGGAGACACAGAAAGUGGUUGAUGGUCACUACGACAACACGAUGGAGCCAACGUUGGAGGAGAAGCUGCUGGUGGAGGACGGACCUGCUGUCAACGGCAAGUCGAGUCACUCGUCGCAUGGGCAGCACCGUUCUUCUGUUGAUCAUCGUCAGCUGUUGGGCUCGCUCAGCUCGUCGAGCCUUGGCCCAGAGAGGGAGACGGACAUGCUACGACGCUCGCGACACCGAGGACGUUUCCUGAGUGAUGGGUCCGGACUGGAUGAUGCGCGUCGCAAGGUAGCAGCACGCAUGUCGAACGAUCUGUGGAACUUGCCGGCCAAUUCGCUGGAGAUCGACCCGAUGCGCUUCCAGGACCCGAUUGACGACUCGUUCUAUGUCGACUACUGGCUCACCUGCGCCGUGUCCAACACACAGAUCUUCCGCAAGGUGUUCAAGUGUGUGCCAGACGACACGGUGACGACGUGGGCCGAGUACAAGGCGUUUGGAGCGUGGUCGGAUCGGUUGGCGCGCUCGGGCAAGUUCGGAGCGAAAGAGUCGAAAACGGAACGCGAUGCUCAGGCGCACAGCGCUCCUGGUGCCAGCGUGGGUGGGCCGGUGGGGCAGGUCAGCACACGCGGUUCGAUGUCGGAUGCCAAACAGGACGAUGCGUCGCAAGUGCCGUCGACGCUGAAAGACGCGCCCUCUCCCUCGCAGAAUGGCACGGCUUCCGGUGGGAGCGGCACGGGCACGCACAAGGACAAGGACAAGAAGGAGAAGGAAGUGGAGGGCUUCUCCAACCAGGAGCUGGAGCAGAUGGAGGCGCUGCUGGAAGAGUGCAGGGGCUCGUUGGUGUUGCAUCCGACGAGGUUUUUGGAGGCAGAGGACCAUUCGAACAACUUUUUGUUUGCCAUGGACCGCAUCAACCCUCUGCUCAUCUACGAUUGA